CACCAGCAUCACAUCCUGCCUCACAGAGAGCAAAGUCAGAGUCGAGGCGCGGAGACGCCACAGCCAAAUGGGAGCGAGACGCAGGAGCUGCUGCAGUGACGCGCCGCGCUGCCCGUGGAUUAUUUUCCUCCGGAACCAUAGAAAAGUGGAGCAGAGCCGUUCGGAGCCUCGCAGCCCCCCGGAAUGAUCUUGCUCCGUCUCUAUGAUGCUCAGGAUUAUAAACCGCGCCGGUCGGUGCUUGCUCUGCUUUGGGAGGAUUUUUCCCGGAUCAAGCUCGCUUUGACGUCCACGCGGGCCAUCUCACCCAUUUAAACGGCCUCCAAUAUUUAUGCCGCAACCGGUAAUUAACAUAAUGCUGCAUUCCUGGUGAUUUCGAGGCGCGAAGGACAACACGGAGUCCAAGAUUACCCCCCAAACGCAGAUUUCUGGCAGUCCCUGAAUGCAGCUGUAAUCACGCGCGGCAGCUUCAAGUGCUUAAAUGGGUCCAUCACGAGAAAGAGACAAUCAAGCUCCUUUAUGUCUGAAGAUCAGCCGCAGUUUCUGCGCAUUGUCUGUUAUGAAUAGACCGAUCUCCAGUGGAAGCUCUUCACUUUAUAAAGAUUUUUCGAUUUUCGAUUUUGUGGCUAUUGAAAUUGGGGCGCGCCGCCUGUUUUUGCCCUCUUAGCUUGGUAGUUGUUGUUGCCCCCUUUUUGAUUGGCAGUUGAAAUUGACACUCGGGUUGCCUCUUAUCAGGCGAAGCGUCUCAAUCCUCCACUAAUUGCAGAUUUCGCGCCAUCCUUUCCUUUUACUGGCGUUUGAUUGCGCCACAGCCUCCCAUUGCGCGCAAGAAGGAUCGAUCACAUGUAGUCCCCCCCCCCCCCCCCUUCUGUUAAUUGCAUCAAAAUUUUCUUUUGUUGCUAGGGUUUAAAUGCAAGAGAAACCGUAAUUCGUUGUUUUGGACCGGAUAUAGUGCGGGUUGGGUUAGAGAUGCGUAAUGCGCAGAGCAAGCUCCGUUUCUUCUCCAAAUAGGCGGCAUUCAAGAAGGAAAAAUGUCUAAGUCGGAGAUAAAGAAGGAGUCCGGAGAAUCCAGCCCGUCAGAGGCCGCCUGCCUCUGCUCCCCAGCGGCCAAAAACCAGUGCGCCAACUGCGGCAUUGAGAUCCACGACCGGUACCUGCUCAAGGUGAAUAACCUGAACUGGCAUUUGGGUUGUCUGGAGUGCUCCGUGUGCAGAGCGUCUCUGCACCAACACAGCAGCUGCUACGUCAAAAACAAGGAGAUCUACUGCAAACUGGAUUACUUCAGUAGGUUCGGCACCAAGUGCGCGCAGUGCGGCCGCCAGGUGUACGCCAGCGACUGGGUGCGGCGCGCGCGCGGCAGCGUGUACCACCUGGCCUGCUUCGCCUGCUUCUCGUGCAAACGGCAGCUGUCCACCGGGGAGGAGUUCGGCCUGGUGGAGGGCAGGGUGCUGUGCCGCAGCCACUACGACAUCAUGCUGGACAACCUGCGCAGGGCGGCCGAGAGCGGCACGGGGCUGACUCUAGAGGGGGCGCUGCCCUCCGAUCAGGACUGCCAGCCCAAACCAGCCAAGAGGGCGCGGACGUCGUUCACCUCUGAGCAGCUGCAGGUGAUGCAGACGCAGUUCGCCCAGGACAACAACCCCGAUGCGCAGACGCUGCAGAAACUGGCAGAGAUGACGGGUCUGAGCAGACGAGUCAUACAGGUCUGGUUUCAGAACUGCCGGGCUCGGCACAAAAAGCAGCCGCCGCAGAGCAGCUUCUCCCAGAGCGCCCCCCUGUCCAGGAUGCCCCCGUCUCUGCCAGAAGACAUCCACUAUUCGCCAUUCAGCAGCCCGGACAGGCCACACCUCCUGACGCUGCACAGUUACCUGGACACUCAUCCUUUCUCCGUCCUGGCCGCCCCGGGUCACCUGACGCACCCGUCCAUCUCCUUACCACAGCUCCCCAUCAGCCGCUGACCUGCUGCCUCUGAGGAAGUUCUGUUGGCGUCCCGUCGGCGUCCGGCUCCGUGCUGCAGGAUCUCUGCUGUUCCAUCUGUGGCGACGGCCUCAAGCUGAGACGGGAAUUGAUUUAAAUAUUUUUUAUGUAAAGAGGAAGAGUUCCCUUAUUCCCUUUUCCCACCAUCAGGUCAGGACUUUUCAUUUCGUGCACCGUGAGCUUUCUAAAAGCAAAAAUGAGUCAGUGUGACAGAAAACCUCAGCCUUUUUUGUCUGUUUGUCAUGAGCACAUCUGCAGCUUUGUCGUCCUUGUCCCGUCUUCAGAGGCGUAUUUAUUCAGAGCAAACCUUUUUUUAAAAGCACUUUUAAAUGUGUCUCCACGUGAACAAGUUAGUGACUGUAUUUCUAACAGAAAAAAAACUGCUAUGAUUUAAUAAAAUGUAUGGGAUCUGUUCUGAAAUGGAUUUAAAAUGAAGAUUCAUGUGUGUGUGUGUGUGUGCGUGCAUCUGAGAUUAUGACGAUGCAGUCAAAGGGAAACUGGGAAAGAAACUGAUGAGACUGCAGCUCAAAGUGAAGCCAGAAUCCUGGAGAUGCACUGCAGCAAGAGGUCACAGCAAAACACCGAAACCAGAAGAAAAA